AUGGCUGGCAAAUGUAAAGGAAAAAAGAAAGAAAAAAAGGAGAAAAAGGAAAAGGAAGAAGGAGAUAGUAAGAAGGCUAAGAAAGGUGGCGGGAGAGGCAAGAAAGGCAAGUCUAAGGGGAGAUGCAACGUGGACAUGUUGACUGACGCAGCCAUGGACAAUGUGUACUACGGGUGCCACAACGUGCAGGAGCUGCUGCAGGCCAGAGGGUUCCAUCCGCCGGACUUUAAUAAGAAGAAAAAGAAGGGCAAGAAAUAAUGUUGUGUUGACUUG